AGCUUUCUGACUGACUGCUUUUAUGCAGAACUCCUCUCAGCUUCCUUAUGGAAAAGCACUCUAUGCUUACGAAGGGAAAGAACCAGGUGACCUUAAGUUUAACAAAGGAGACAUUAUUAUACUGCGUCGAAAAGUAGAUGAGAAUUGGUAUCAUGGAGAACUGAAUGGAAACCAUGGCUUUUUCCCAGCAAGCUACAUCCAGUGUAUCAAGCCCCUUCCACCAGCUCCGCCUCAAGGCAAAGCACUUUAUGACUUUGAAAUAAAGGACAAGGAUCAAGACAAGGACUGUUUGACCUUCACUAAGGAUGAAAUUUUGACCGUCAUCAGGAGAGUAGAUGAUAAUUGGGCAGAAGGAAUGCUGGGAGAUAAGAUUGGAAUAUUUCCUAUUCUCUAUGUGGAGCUCAACGAAUCAGCUAAACAGCUUAUUGAGAUGGACAAGACCAAUCUAGCUGCUGGAUCUGGCAGUGAUGUCCCUUUGCCAGCUGACAUUAACCUGGCAAUAAACAUGGCCCAGUGCUGUACACUGAACAGUGCCGGAGCAGUCAGUGCCAUUCAGCGGCAUAUUGACGGCAAGAAGAAUGCCAAGAAGCGCCACUCCUUCACUGCUCUCAGUAUGACGCACAAAUCCUCUCAGGCUAUGAAUAACAGGCAUUCCAUGGAGAUUAGUGCCCCUGUCCUGAUCAGCUCAAGUGACCCCCGUGCUGCUGCCAGAAUUGGAGAUGUGACUCAUCUCUCAUCCAGCGCUCCAGUACAGGAUUCUGCUUCAGCUGGAUCUGCGACCAUGAGUGGGCCCAGAACAAGUGCAAUCAUUGGUGAUCAUGGUACACCAACAAAGGUCCAGCUACCCCUCAACAUUUACUUGGCACUCUAUGCGUACAAGCCUCAGAAGACGGAUGAACUGGAGCUGCGCAAGGGUGAAAUGUAUCGCGUUAUUGAGAAGUGUCAGGAUGGCUGGUUUAAAGGGACAUCUUUGAGAAAUGGCAUGUCUGGAGUCUUUCCAGGCAACUAUGUCACUCCUGUUUCCAGAGUUCCUGCAGGAGCUGGUCAGACCAGGAGUUUAGCAGGGGGGUCCCCAACAGCUAAAGGCUCUGCAGGAGUUGUUCACGCGGGAAGCCCAGCUCAUACAAACUCUGCUACCGUCAUCAGACCGGGAGUUCCAAUCACUACCCCUCCCACUCAGCCCCAGCUGCCAACGGCCUCCCCGCAGAUGAAUAACAGCUCAAGGUAUUCCCCUCAGCAAGCAGGAAUCCAGCCUCGUGGUUCUGCACAGAUGGUUGUGCACCCAUCUGUGCAGGCGCAGGACAGGCCCACAGCUACAGUCUCACCAUUGAGGACCCAGAACUCUCCUUCCCGCCUUCCAGCCACUGUGGUGAGGCCACACUCUGUGGUAUCUCCCCAGCACAUCCACCACUCCCCAGUACACGUCAUCCCUGGAGCCCAGUGUGCCAGGCCGAUCAUUCCUCUCACUUCAGCAGCAGCAGCAAUUACUCCUCCCAAUGUCACUGCAGUCAACCUGAAUGGAGAAACAGGAAGUGGGGCUGUCAGUAGCCUGGCGACUUGCAGUCCAACCAACGCUGGCUGCAAAAUGGAAGAAAGGAAAAAUGAAAAGAAAGAAAAAAAAAGUGGACUGCUGAAACUUCUCGCUGGAGCAUCAACAAAAAAGAAAUCCCGAUCUCCUCCAUCAAUGUCUCCAACCCAUGACCCCUUGGUGGUGGUGGAGGGAAUGCUACAGGGUGCUGUGGGACCUGAACUGUCCUCUCUGUCUAGCCAUGGAAGGGCUGGCUCAUGCCCGAUAGAAAGUGAAAUGCAAGGAGCAAUGGAAAUGGAACCUCUGCACAGAAAGACAGGCUCCUUGGAUUUGAAUUUUUCCAUCCCUUCUCCCAUAAGGCAGCUGCCCCCUUCUAUGGCAGCCAUUCGCCCAGAACCUAAGCCAUUGUCUCGAGAAAGGUAUCGUGUUGUGGUCCCGUAUCCCCCCCAGAGCGAAGCCGAGAUUGAACUGAAAGAAGGUGACAUUGUUUUUGUCCACAAGAAAAGGGAGGACGGUUGGUACAAAGGGACAUUGCAGAGGAACGGCAGGUCGGGCCUUUUCCCCGGAAGCUUUGUGGAGAGCUUUUGAGGGCUUGCGCUCUGGACUCAAAGGACUUCUUGGAGGAAAUUUCAUAGCACAAGAAAAAAAAA